AUGGAGUCACUUAAAGAUAUAUUCUAUCAUUUCCGGCGAUCUUUUUCCAAACGUAGGACCGGCGAGAACAGUGGCUUACGGGUACUUUGCGAUCCCGAAGAUGCCAAGAUAGACAUCGUUGCCGUUCACGGCCUUGGUGGACAAGGCUUCAGCUCAUGGGUUACCUUGGACUCCAAAGCCGGCAAGCCCAAACCCUGGCUGCAGGAACUUCUCGGCGCAGAUAUACCCAAUGCCCGUAUCAUGACGUACGGCUACAUCUCCGACGGCGUGAGCUACAGCUACGUCGUUCGCAACAUCGUCUAUGGCCGUGCGCUCCACCUGGCCAAGCUGCUUGCUGCCAAGCGCCAGCAGGAUAAGGCUAGCCGUCGGCCUCUAUUCUUCAUCGCACACAGCCUGGGCGGGUGGAUUGUGAAGCGGGCGCUGAUUAUUUCGAGCGAGGCUGCAGACAUGCGGCUGAAGGAUAUCGAAUUGUCUACCUGCGGCGUCGCCUUCUUUGGUACCUUGUCUCCUGGGCGGCCGUCCUCGCCUUCGCCGCUGGCACAGGUCAUUAGGAGGACAACGUCGAAUCUAACCGACUGGGACACAUCACGGCCCGACAAGGAGUCCUCUCCACAGCAGUCUCUUGCCGGCGAUAUUGAGUGGCUAGAACACCAGAUGGAGGCCUUCAAAGCCAUUGCUGCCAGUCUGCCUAGUUUAUCGUUCUACGAGACCAAGAAGACGCAGGACGGCUAUGUUGUUGAGCAACGGUUUUCCAUGGCCGGCUCCGAUGGGGUGCAGAUUGGGCUGAAGGCUACCCAUUCGGACCUGAUCAAGUUCCAUGGUCGAGAUGCCAACUACCAGGUCUUUAUUGAAAACUUCCGUGCCAUGGUGGAUACGAGCACAACGUCUGGCUUGCUUGAAUCGAAGCAGAGGGCUUUUGAUUUUGUUGCAGUGCACCGUCUCGAAUACCUCGCCCAAGGAUACUCAAUCCCGUACCGACUUCCUGGCGAACCAAAUACCGUGGUCCCUCGCCAGGAUCUUCUCGACCGCUUGGAGCACAUGCUAAGCUCCGAUGUAAAUCCAAUGAUUCUGAAGCUCGGAAUAGUCAACCUUUGGGGCUUGGAAGGUACCGGCAAAUCCAUGCUGGCUAGAUAUUACGCGGACAUCCACCGCGACAAGCUAUCCUUUGUUUUUUGGCUCAGAGCAGAGAGCUGGGAAACUAUCGCAGCCAGCUAUCUUGAGUUUGCAAACACCAUUGUUGAGCACUACGCCAAAGGGAUACCCAGAAGUCAAGUCGAAAAUGAUUUAGGAUUUGCUGGUGUCGAGGAUAUGUUGAAGGUGAAAAGCAUCAUGCAACUAGACGCAUCUCGCGUCAGAUCAGUUGUGCGUUCCGUCAAAGAUUGGCUGCUCCGCCCAGAAAACUCCGGAUGGCUGCUCGUUUUUGACAACGUAGAGCCUUCGUACGAUAUUUUCGACUUUAUCCCUGUUACUUUAUCCGGGAAAAUUAUAUUGACAUCUCGAGACAGCAACUGUUGCUCCUGGAGCACUGAAUUGCAAGUUGAUGGCAUGGAAGAAGAGGAAGCCGUGCGCUUAUUGGAUGCCAUUGUUGGGAGCAACGCGGCCCAAGAUCCGGCUGAAGCGGCGGCGGCGUCCGUGGUCGUCGAGCAGCUUUCGUACCACCCUCAAAGUAUAGCCACGGCAGCCGCUACCAUACGAAAUAAAGGCAUGAGCAUCUUGGAGUACCAUACCAUGCUUCAGGCAUCAACGUCCAUGACUCUGCUUGGAUCGGCUCUUGAUCAAUCUCCUUUGACAAAGACAGUCUUGCAGAUCAGCGCCAUGCUCUCCACAUCCGUAAUACCCGUGGCCCUGUUUAGCGCCACGUCGCAUUUAGACGAAGCCCCUGAGCGACUAAGAUCUAUUCUCGGAGAAAUAAGAGCCUUUCAGGACCCUGACCAGCUGGAUGAUGUACUACAAUAUCUUCUGGACCAAAACUUCAUUCAAACUCCGAGUUCCCCUUCCGAUACCGCCUCAUCGUUGGUCCCCUCAUCCCCCUCAUCCCGCUCUUCCCUGCCUUCUUCACAAACGUCUACGUGUUUCGAUGCUUUUGUUGUUGAACCAAAAGCACGAGAAUACGUUCGCGGGAUGCUCUCAGACGAGGAAAAAGUUGACAACGCCUGGAUGGCAUGUAACGUUUGUGUCGACGGAAUCAAGAAUAAGGCUGCACAGUCAACCACAGUACAGGAAAUUCACGACUUCGGCAGGAUUAUGGGUCCCCACGCGAAGGCAUGUUUUGACGACUGGUCUGACAUGCUGCAGGCAUCAUCAGAUGAGGUUGAUGUUGCCUGGCAUGUUCUCGGUCAAGUGUGCAUGACACAAGGCGCCAUUGACCAAGCUAUCGGGUGCUUCGAGUUAUCUCUACGACAGCAGCCGAAUCGAAUGGACGUCAGAGAACGUAUACAGGUCGCCUUGUGCCUGUCGUCUCUGUUGCAGCAGACGGGGCAGUAUACGAGGAGCAGUGAGGUACUCGCAGGCAUUGACAUUGCUUCGGCCGACCAAGAUCUAGGAUUCAAAGUUGCACUGGCACGUGCAUCUGCCACAGCUGCUUUGGGCGAACUAGAAGACGCAAAAGACCAGUACCAAAUGCUUGAGCUUGAACAAGAGGAGGCACUCGGCCCACUUGAUGUCACCACCGUGAGCACUGUCCAAAAACUAGCCGCGACCUUCGAACGAUGGGGCAAACACGACGAGGCACAGGCUCUGUACCGUCGAGUGUACAUUUCGUAUCAAAAUAUAUACGGCCAUAGCGACCGCAUGACUCUCGAUGCGCUUGACGAUCUGGCCAACAGCUAUAAGGAAAGCUACGCCAUUGACGAGGCCGAAACGCUAUACAAACAAUCAAUCGAUAUCCGGACACGGGCUCUUGGGCCACAUCAUCCCCAGACCGCGUAUGCUAUACAGAAUCUCGCGGUGAUUGAUGAUGUUCGCAGUCGCUACGCCGACGCCAAAGUCAAGUACCAACAGGCACUCGACAUUAUCGCCCCUACCCUUGGCAAGGGACAUCCUUUAUAUACCACCACACUGGAAAACAUGGCAUUUUCGUCCCGUUGCCACGGGCAUUUCCUCGCCCAGAGUCCGCCCCCUCGACCUGCUGCAUCCCGCACAUUAUCCACAAUUGAGCGUGAAAAGACCAAAUCCAUCAAAAUCAAGGAGGACGCCUUGGCGAGAGAAGUCAGCUGUCGAAGGGCCUUUGAAGAAGCCGAAAAGUUGUACCUGGACGUUUUGACCAUCAAAAAGUCUGCAAGGCAAUUGUAUUCGGAAGAGCAUAUUGUUUCCACGGCGUCCAAGUUGGCAGAGAUGUAUGAAAACGAGGCGUUCUUUGACGAAAACAGAAACGAGCUGGUAGAAAAGCUCAGAGUCAUUUUGAGAGAGUGUCGUAGACGGGGGACGAUAUAG